GAGUGUAUGCUUUUGUACCGACUGCCGUCAUUUGUAACCCAUCAUAUGCAUGAAUGGUGAUGCUUACAGUAUAUAUUUUUCCAUAGCCUUAGGUGUAGUGCUGCGUGGCUGCAGUUUUCAAGUUUGUUCAGCUGCUUUUUGGCAAGUCUCUACAAUCAAUCGUUAGACCGCUUUAGGCAACAAAAUGCUUAUACAAACAGUUCAAAGGAGACUGACUGGACCCAUCGUGGUGCUUUUACAGUAAGGUUUCCUAUUCUAAAAUUGGACGGUAUAAUUUAAAUCCACGCAAUCCGGCCAUUUCCGCUGCAGUCUAGCGGGGACGCCCAGUCACAAGCCCCUUCUCCCCGCCCCGUAGUCGGGCAUGAUCUGCUAACGGGUUGAGUAGUCGUCCUUGCCAGGGAAUGUCUGUGCGAAGGAUCUGAAAUGGCACGAAUGUCUCAUUUAACUUUCGCAACGUUUCUCUACCUGUUCACCUUUUAUGCUGAUGCGCAAUACGAGACGUAUAGUUUCCGAAGUUUUCCGAGCAACGAACUUAUGCCACUUGAAUCCGCUUACAAAUAUGCGCUAGAUCAAUACACUAAAGAAAACUGGCAAGAAUGCGUGGACUAUUUGGAAGUGAGCCUGAGACUUUACCGACUAUUUAAAGACAGUGAGGCUUUCUGCAAUCUGAACUGUAGCUCUGUGCGAUUAGACAAUGAAGAGAAGUUUGAGGAGUUUCCGGAGCUCCAUGCAUUCGGCAAUAUCAUGAAAAGGGCCCAGUGUUUGAAGAGGUGCAAGCACGGCUUGCCUGCUUUCCGACAGACCAUGCCCAGCCGAGAGACGCUGGGGGAGUUCGAGAACCGGGAGCCCUACAAGUACCUUCAGUUCGCCUUCUUCAAAUCCAACAACCUGGCAAAGGCUGUAGCUGCGGCACAUACCUUCAUGCUGAAGCACCCAGAUGAUGAGAUGAUGAAGAGGAACAUGGACUAUUACAAAAGCCUUCCAGGAGCAGAGGACCACCUUAAAGACCUAGAGGCUAAAUCUUAUGAGGCACUGUUUAUCCGAGCAGUGAGAGCGUUCAAUGCUGGCAUCUUCCGCACCUCUGUGGUGGACAUGGAGCUCGCCCUGCGAGACUUCUUCACAGCUUAUGACGAGUGCCUAGCUGCAGCUGAGAGUUCCAGAGAUAUUCAGGAUUUCAAGGACUUCUAUCCAUCCAUAGCAGAUCACUUCACAGAGGUUUUGGAGAGAAAGGUCAGGUGCGAGGGUCAGCUCACACCCGUCGUAGGCGGCUUCAUCGUAGACAAGUUUGUUGCCACCAUGUACCACUACCUCCAGUUUGCUUAUUAUAAGCUGAAUGAUCUGAAGAACGCUGUGCCCUGCGCAGCCAGCUAUACUCUGCUGGACCCCGGAGAUGACGUCAUGAAGAACAAUAUUGUCUACUAUCAGUACCACAAGGACAAGUGGGGGCUCUCCGAGGAGGACUUCUUACCCAGAGCUGAGGCUGUGCGAUAUUUUAACCAGACCAACAUGCAGCUGGAGAUGCUGGAGUUUUCACAAAAGCACCUGCAGGCAGAUGAUGAAAUGUCGGUAUAUUCGGUGCCGGUCCCUUCAGUUUUUACCCCCAUACCCAUAUUCGGUGCCGGUCCCUUCAGUUUUUACCCCCAUACCCAUAUUCGGUGCGGAGCAGAAGAUAGAUGGAGGUGCUGACGUUUCUUGAUGAGCUUCUGGAGGCAGAUGAUAGUAGCUAGAGACAAGUCUACCACAAACACAUACCCAGCACUCUGAUUUCUGCUUGCAUUGUUGGCAGUUGGAGGGUAGCUUACAUUUGCGUCCUCCAGUGUUGUCGCUAUCAUAAACACCAUCCUUCUUUUUAUCCUGAUUUUUUGUAUAUGCUUCAUCACACCACGUUGUUUUGGUGGUUCUUCAAGUCUUCCCUCACUGGCCCCCAUCGACAACUGAUUGUUAUUGUCGACCCUUUCCAAAGGAAUGGUACUUCAUCGACAGAACCUCUGACCUAAAGACUAAAGACUUCCUCAGAGAUAUCGCUCGUCCAACUCCCCUCGUGACAUUAAAAUGCGCAGUGAAGUCGGUGUUAUCCAUGACUCGGUAUCAUUCAUUCCAGAAAGAGUGAGCAAAUAUGGCUGUUACCAAGCAGAAAGUGGCAAUGGCAUGAAAGGAAAUGACCGCUUUUGGCCUGUUGUGUUUUAUGUAUGGAAUCUGGAAUUCCACAUUGUUACAUUGUAAUUGCUCGGAAUGUGAAUUUUGUACCAUCACAUGGAAUUUUCGUCCAUAGAUCGGUUCUAGUUUCAUGCGACUAGUCGUCAUUUGUCGGUGUUGUUUUUGCUUACCUGUCUACACUGUGAAUUUGUCAUGGUUUCGGUUUUUGCCACCAUCUAUGAUGCCUUGAAGAUCCAUGCCGAAGGUAAGACCUAGUCCCCGCUGUGCCCUUGGGCUGGUGCUUCUCAGGCCAGACUGCCAUGUUUGGUGCUUUGUUUUUGGAUAAUAUCUCUGUUGAAUCCCACCUACCAUACAUACAUGGACUUUCAUCUACCUGCAGUUUGCUAAACGUGUCCAUAGUAAUAGAAGUACAUUAUUCCUUUGAAUUUGUGAUAAAUCACACAUUUUAGGAUGAGGAAAAGUUGAACAAAAUUUUAUUUACUUAUUUAUUUUUUAUAAUUAGUUUUUGCAAUCAGUUUCAGGAACAGAAGUUGCUGUUUUACCCUAGAAGAGUGCAGACUGACAAUCUAAGUAUUCAUUGUGUUUGUGAAAAGUGUAUAACUGUUGGUAGGAGAAAUAAAAGUUCAUACUGAGAAUUUA